AUGAUAAUGAAUGAAAUAUCAUCAAAAGAAGUUUCAAGUGUAAAUAAAACCAUGCAAGAUGCAGAUUAUGCAGUAGUUGCCAAAUGGAUUAUACCAGUGGUGCCAGAGAAUACAGUUUAUGAAAAUCAUUGUUUAGUAGUUAAGGAUGAAAAGAUAUUGGAUAUUAUUAGAUUCAGUGAUUUAGAGCAAAGAUAUAAUGUGAAGAAUGUAAUAGAUUUAAAAGAGAUGAAUUCCGACACAAGUUCAUCAAUAAGUUCAACCUCUGAAUAUAUAUUAGCACCUGGUUUCAUCAAUAUGCAUACUCACAGUGCCAUGUCAUUAUUGAGGGGUUACGCUGACGACGUUUCAUUACAUGAUUGGUUAACAAAAUUCAUUUGGCCUGCUGAAGCACAACAUGUUGGUGAAGAAUUUGUUAAAGUUGGUACGGAAUUAGCAUGUUUAGAAAUGAUUAAAACCGGUACCACCUGUUGUAAUGAUAUGUACUAUUAUCCAGAAGUCUCUGCUCAAGUCGUUGAACAAUUUGGUAUGAGAGCUACAUUAGCCGCUCCAAUCAUUAAAUUCCCAACAGUUUAUGCUCAAUCAGAACAAGAAUACAUUGAAAAAGGUAUUCAAUUAAUUGAAAAAUAUAAAGAUCAUUCUAAAAUUAAAAUUUCAUUAGGUCCACAUGCUGUUUAUACAAUUACAGAUGAAGCAUAUUUAAAAGUUAAAGAAUUAUCAGAAAAAUAUGGAGUUAAAAUUCAUACACAUUUACAUGAAACUACUCAUGAAGUUUCAGAAGAGGUUAAGGUUAGUGGUAAGAGACCAAUUGAGAGAUUGAGAGAUUUGGGAGUAUUAUCAUCAUCAUUGAUUGCAGCUCAUAUGACACAAUUAACAAGUGAAGAUUUAGAUUUGACAGCAAAGAGUGGUAUUAAUGUUGUACAUUGUCCAGAAUCAAAUUUAAAGUUGGGUGUUAAAGGUAUUUCACCAGUUCAUAAACUUUUAAAACAAGGUGUAAACGUUUCAGUUGGUACUGAUUCUGCCGCUAGUAAUGAUGAUUUAGAUAUGUUGGGUGAAUUACGUACUGCAGCUUACAUUGAUAAACUCUCUGCAAAUACUCAUUCAAUUGAAGGUGGUGAACCUGUAACACCAUCAUAUAAGAUUUUGUCAAUGGCAACUAUUAACGGUGCAAAGGCAUUGGGUAUCGAUGAUAAAGUUGGUUCACUUCAAAUUGGUAAAUUUGCAGAUUUCAUCGCUGUCAAAGUUUCAAGUCAUCCAGUCUAUGAUCCAAUCUCUCAUUUAGUUUAUGUUGGUACUAAUCAUGUCACUGAUGUUUGGGUUGCUGGUAAACAAUUAUUAAGAAAUUCAAAAUUAACAACUGUAAAUGAAAAUCAAGUUAAAUCAAGAGUAUUAGAAUUCUCACAAAAAAUUCAUGCUUCUCGUCCAAAAACAAGUUUAACUGUUAUCUCUUAA